GCUAGACAAACAGUCUGGUGUUGAUGUACGAUUUACCUGAGGAACUUCAUCGACAGAGAAAACGUUUAAAACGCUUUAGACUUUAUAGAUAUAAACAUCAGAGGACGGGAAAACUGCGAUAUAUACUUAAGCAUUUAGGCAAUUUUAAGUGUAGAUAUGGAGGACACACAAGACUCAGAAGAGGACAUGGGGAAGAUGGAGUGUGAACAGAUCAGACGAGACAAAGCAAUAUCUUCAGACCCCACCCACACGCCUCCGCAAACUAACCAGUCAAAUAAUCAACCAAAAGAGUUUAAAGACGGAGUUCCACAUAAAAGAAAGAAUAAAAGCAAUAUUAAAAGUUCCUCAACGUGUGCUGCUCUCAGUGGAAUCAAUGAAAGUUUGAUGCAAAGAGCUGAGAACAUCCUAGAACAUCUGAAUAAACAGAUCAAGAAAUGUCAGGAUUGUAUGACAAGCCCAGAUAAUCUAAGUAUUGUUAUUUGGCUUCCUGCUUUGAAAGAUAAAUUAGUGGAUUUUUCAGAGCUUCUUCAGAAAUACAAAGCAGAUUAUCAGAGAGGUAUCAAAGAGAUUGCUGAAGAUUCUGAAGUUAAAGAAGAGGAAGGAGAGAAGAAACUUCGACAUCUUUUAGAGAGACAUGACCGAUCACCAUUCAGUGCAGAUAACAUAAACCAGUGGCUGGAGAAUAAAGAAACUGAACUGAAGAUUUUAAAUGAUUGUAAAGCUGCAGACAUCACUGUUGUGAAAUCACAGUCAGAGUUACAUCAGAUCAUAAAUGACCCAAAGAUAAACCGAGUGAUGUGUUUUACUCUUACCUCACCAGAUGAUGAAGAUUCAUUCCUCACUGCUUUGAAGCACCAUAUUGAAUCUGAUCACAUUACACCAACAGAUUCACUUCAGUCCAAACCUGUUAAAAUCAAUCAGAAAGUGCUCAUUGAUUUACAAUUGUAUAUUGCUGCUAAAGAGGCAAAUGAAGAUACAGAACAAACCAGAUUCAUUGCUGCAUCUGUACCAGAUGAUGAAUUUCCUGAAUUCACUGUGCAGUUUUAUUAUGCUGGGAUGAUUGUGAGCAGAAACAUGAAGUUUGGAGUGAAACCAGAUCUUGCUCAGAUAACUCAAAUAAAACACAACAGUGUGUCUGUGAAGUGGAAUCAUUUACAGAAAAAUAAAAGCAUUGAGAAAUAUGUGGUGGAGUACAGAGUUGAUGAUGAAGGACACAACACUUGGAAACAGAUCACUGUUAAUGCUCACACUUUUAUAGAAAAGUUUGUUUUAUCUGAUUUAGAACCAGACACAGGAUAUCAGCUCAGAUAUGCAGCUUGUGACAACAACAGCAUGAGCAACUUUAGCUGGAUUAUUCACUUUCAAACAUCUUCUGUAACGAGGCCAGGACGACCCUCUGUUACUAAACUGAGCAGAGAUACUCUCAGACUAACCUGGUUAAAAGCUGAAGCUGAUGAAGAUUGUCCAGUUCUGCAGUAUAUGGUUGAGUAUAGAGAAGCAGGACUGGAGGGCUGGUCAUCAGUAUUAACACAAGGAUCUGAGUGUGAAUGUACUUUAACUGAACCUCACAGCACCUGCUAUAGAGUCAGAGUAUCUGCUGUCUAUGAGGACAUCACCAGCAAACCUAGUGAGGAAACAUCUGUACCUGUGGAUGUCUGGACUAUUGACCUCUCAAAGAGAAGGAGCUCCAUCUUCCUAGAAGUGUUGAAACUCCAAACAGAGAAGAAACCAGUAGAGCUGAUUGACUGGACAGAUAAUGAGAGUGAAGUGAGAGGAUUUAUCCAGUGUCUGCCAUACAUCUCACAACUGAGAUUUAUUAAACCACCAAAUGAAUCAUCUGAACUGUGGAAAGAAAGAAAGAGAUUAUUUGUACUGGAUUUAUGUCUUCAAGUUGCUGUCUGUCAGAAAGAGACCAUAGAGACAACUGUGAAGAUGCUGCUGUCAUCUGUGAGUUAUGAAGAAUGGCAUUUUAUGCUGGAUCUGUGCUCACAUGUGAAGGACUAUGAGAGUCAAACAGGCAGGAGUGUCCUACCAGCAUUACAGUCAGUUUAUCAGUCAACUCCUGAAGUCUGGGCCAUAAACCUCUCAGAGAGAAAGCCCUCAAUCCUUCUAGAAGUGUUGAAACUCCAAACAGAGAAGAAACCAGUAGAGCUGAUUGACUGGACAGAUAAUGAGAGUGAAGUGAGAGGAUUUAUCCAGUGUCUGCCAUACAUCUCACAACUGAGGAAUGCUGAUAAGUAUAUCCCAUCACUGUGUAAAGUGUUUGGACCUAAAGUGAAUAGAGAUGAGGUGACUCCUCUGCUUCAGGCUCUGGGGUUUACAGUCACUCUGAGUGAAAAAUUACCCAGCAGCACCUGCAGAUGUGUGGGGAGAGUGUUGAGUCUCUCAUCCUCAAAACUAAACCUGACUCUAAAGCCACAAGCAAUCUCUAUCAGAGGUGUUAGACGACUCUUCAGACACAUCACACACCUACAGAAACUCAGUCUUGAAGACAGAAUGGUGAUGAUGAUGAUCAAAGCACUGAGAUCAUGUAAUGGUCGUUCUUCACUGAUCAUAGAGGAACUUUCAUUGAUCACAAAAGACUCAAAACAAAAUCACUGUAGGAUUGUGAGCAGCUUAACUUCUCUCCUGAGACGACUGUCUGUUCAACGUCUGGAUCUUACUGAAUGUAAAAUAGAUGCUGUGUCUGUCACUGCCAUGUUGUGUCUUCAGGGACUCCAGACUAUCAGGUUGUCUAAAGAGACUCUUCAGCAGCUGGUUUCAGUGGUGUAUGAAGCACAGGAUGAUGAACUGACGCGCUGCUUUUUAAAGAAGGUGUCUGAAGAUCUGACUUCAUGCUCACUGACCUGGGAAGUGAUUCAGUAUCUGCUACAACAUCAACCUCUACAUUUAAAGUUGGACUUGAGGAAAAGCAAAAUCACUUGUGAAAACAUCAGAGAACUCGUGCCAUGUUUAGACAAAAUCCAUUUGAAAAGGUUGACUCCCAGUUUCAUUCUGUCCAUCAUUAUGGAGAUUUAUGAGAGUCGCUCUCCUCAGUUUGUGUCCGGUCUGUUGAGUUCAGCUGAGAAUGACAUCAACCUGAAGAACAAAGUGUUGAAUUCAGAUCAGUGUUCAGCUCUGUGCUUCACUCUCCAGCACUGUAACACUGUCAAACUCAAUCUGUUCUGGACCUCCAUACCAGAGGAGGAGCUAAAGAGACUUCUGCCCUUACUCAACAGAGUCACACAACUCAGUGUUGACAGACAGCUCUUACUGAAGCUGCUUCAUUGCUGCAGUUCCUCUGAUGACCAACAGGAGGCAGCAAAUCUUCUGCUCUCUGCUCUUCAGUACAGACUGGAUUUCUCCUCCUGCUCAAUUCUCGACCUCACAGUCACAGAGGAAAUUGAAAACCAUUUGACUCUCACCAUUGAUGACUGUAGAAUAAUCUCAUCUGUGCUCCAAAAAACAAAAAUUGUUGUAAAGUUGGUUUUAGAGGACUGUGAGGUCUCUGAUUUGGCAGUGAAACAAAUUCUUCCAGUUCUAUCUCAGGUCCAGCUCAGCUGUGGUAAAGCUCUUCUGCUGCAGUUUAUAGCUUGUAUAACUGAAGAUACAGAGAAAGGCUCUUUGAGGUGGGUUCAGGCUCUUUUAAAAGCUUUAGGAGGUGAGGUGGACCUCAGUCACACUCAGAUGGAUCAGAGAUCUUGUGAACAGCUGUCAGUGUUUCUGGAAUAUUCUGAUGGAUUGACAGAACUGGACCUCAGUCACUGCAGACUCACUGAUCAAUACAUGAAUUCACUCUUACCACACCUGCACAAGACUCAAACUCUAGAUCUGAGUCACAACAAUAUUACUGAUGAACUAGCAAAGAAAAUACACAGCAUUGUUUCCACUCACGACAAUAUUCAGACAGUACGACUUUUUGGAAACAGAAUCAAAGACAAACAGCAGUUUACCAGAGUCAAGCAAAUUGAAAUAUGGUGAAGACAAUUAGUCAUGAAGCUCAAUUUCUCAUUUUGUAAACAGUUUGAAAGAUGAAGAAAAAACAACCAUUAAGUAACCUGACUUGCUUCAGUUGUAUCCUAAUUACUAAAUUAAAUAUCUUUUAAGGUAUUGUUUUAUGUUUGAACCAAACCACAUGGAGUGAAGUAAACUGUAUAGUUUAUUACUGAGCUAUGAUUAAAUACUGUAUAUUCCUUAAAUAAUGAUGCCCUAGAAAAAAUAUUAAGGAUGUAGUGGGUGUGUAUAUAUAUAAUUUUCAUCUUAGUUACAACAUACAGAAAAUUAUGUAAAAAAAUUAAUUUCAAUAUCUUCUUAUGGGGGUAAAAUAUAUAAAAUCACAAAUUUUGUUCACAAGUGUGUAAAUGUAUAACAUGUUAUAUAUCAAAAUGUACUAAAUAUACAAUACAGUUUUGUACUUUAAUUGCUUAAUAGUUGAAUAAGAUCUCAUAGUGAAUUACUACACAACACAUGAACCUGAACUCUAGAGUCACUGUUAUAAAUGAAGUAAGAACUGCUUGUGUGCUCAGAAAACAUCAGGUUGCUUUUGUCUUUUAUUGUUAAGCUUUUAUGGAUAAAACAUAUCAACUGGUUUUUGAGGUCCUGUCACACAUAAAGACAUGUUUAAAGAGCCACACAGAUCCAAAAUCGAAACUGACCU